CUCCAGGGCACCAUCAUGCAGUAUGUGAAGACUCUGAUGGAGGUGAUGCCCAAGAUCUGCCGUCUCCCACGCCACGAGUACGGCCCGGGUGACCGUCUCUCCUCCUGCCAGGUAUCUGAGUUCUUCCACCACCAGCUGAAGGACAUAGUGGAGUACGCCGAGCUGAAGACCGUCUGCUUCCAGAACCAGGAGGUGGGCAAUGCUCUGCUCUUCUGUCUGCUCAGCGAACAGAGCCUGUCUCAGGAGGAAGUGUGUGACCUGCUUCAUGCUGCACCAUUCCAGAACAUUCUGCCCAGGGUCCAUGUCAAAGAGGGUGAGCGUCUUGAUGCCAAGAUGAAACGCCUGGAGGCUAAAUACACAGCCCUGCACCUGGUUCCCCUGAUAGAACGCCUGGGAACCCCACAGCAAAUAGCCAUAGCUCGUGAAGGUGACCUGCUGACCAAAGAGCGUCUGUGCUGUGGCCUGUCCAUGUUCGUCAUCCUGACUCGCGUCCGCGGUUUCCUGGACGACCCCAUCUGGCGCGGCCCGUUGCCCAGCAACGGCGUGAUGCACGUGGACGAGUGUGUGGAGUUCCACCGGCUGUGGAGCGCCAUGCAGUUUGUUUACUGCAUCCCUGUAGGAGCUCACGAGUUCACCGUGGAGCAGUGUUUCGGGGACGGUCUCCACUGGGCUGGGUGUAUGAUCAUCUCCCUACUGGGUCAACAGAGACGCUUUGACAUCCUGGACUUCAGCUAUCACCUGCUGAAGGUGCAGAAACACGAUGGAAAGGAUGAGAUCAUCAAGAGUGUGGUGACCUUUAAAAAGAUGGUGGACAGAAUCCGCAAGUUUCCAGUCCUCAACGAUGAGAUCUUUGCCAUCCUGAACAAGUACCUGAAGUCAGGUGAUGGAGAGAACAUGCCAGUGGAGCAUGUUCGCUGUUUCCAGCCUCCUAUCCACCAAUCCCUGGCCAGCAACUGAGAUUGACCGGUGCACUGUCCAUAACAUGGAGGUUUCCUAUAGUACCAUCAUCCUAUGUCAGACUAGACACAAAGUGUGUGUCCGAAAUGGCACCCUAUGCCCUAUAUAGGACACUACUUUAUAUAAACGGCAACUACAUAGGGAAUAGGGUGCCAUUUGGAACGUAUCAGACUAAACACACAAUAUUCCUUCGUCUGCUUCUUCCCACUUUAGGUUUAAAGCAGCAGUGGACCAUGAGACUAAAGCCUUUGUUCCACACUUAAUGCCUUAAUGCUCAAAUCAGAUGUGUUCAGACAACUGUCAUUAGCUGACAUGGCUACGCUAGUUGUCAUAGUAACAAACAGGUGUGUGCUGAUUUGGUGGUGAGUUUGACACCCGUCCUCAAAGGAUAAGAUGAUCCAACUUCCAAAAUGAGUCCUCUCUCUGCUAGCCACAGCAGUCAACUAGCUAGCCGUUGGGCUUUCUAGCUCAUUCACUCAUUUUGUUCUAAAUAACAAG